CCAAUUUUAUUUUCUUCUUCUUCGGUACUGGAAUAUGUCUCCAUGCUUUCUGUGUCCCUUGGUAAAGUGAUAAAAGGUAUUUUAACAAGUCAUGUCACCUGAGGACCAGACUGGGGGUGUGCAGGUGGCAGAGCGGACGUCUUCAAACAUCCCGAGGGCCAGCUUGGGAAGGAUGGAGCAGAUUGCUUCUGUCUCGCAGGGGAAUGGGUCCCUGCAGACGCUCCCAUCUGGGACAGAGACAGCUUGGGGACCAGGAAGCAAGGGAACCUGACCUCAAAUCUCCAGAACCUGAGGCCCUGGGUGCCAGGACUCUGCAGGCUCCCUGCUGGGCUCACAGACACUCAGCAACUGUCCCCGGUGUGCGUGAAUCAUGGGAGAUUUUUCUACCCCUCAGAUUGGUCUUCCAGGCGGAGCACACUGCCUCAUGAAAGGGCAAGUUAGGAAAUCACCCUUUAUCUGGGACUCUGCAGAGGUGGGGGCCAAGAAUCCAACAGGCCAGGUUGUGGGGAGCGGAGGGGGCUCAGCUUUAGGAGCCAGAGUGCUCCGCCUCUGAGCCUGAGACCCAGCGGAGAGACCCAGCAGCACGGAGCCCGGAUGGGGCCUCCAGGCCCGGCCUCUCGUCCCAAUCUGCCUCUGGCCACUGCCUUCUGUCACUUAACCUGUGAUCUACAUUCUCUUCCUAUGGGAAAUCACUGUCCCCAGUGUCAAAUGAUUCCAACAGUUUAAAUGAGGAAAAACAGGACUCCUUCCGGGGCAAGUCCCCAGCCUUGCUGAGUUACUUUUAAAAUGCUCAUUAAAGCAAUUUAAUUAAACUAGAAAACAAUAUGUUGUUUCAAAAAAUUAGCAAAGACCCUGACAAAGAGGCAAUGGAGUCACUGGCCCAGAAAGCCGCCUGACCUUCCCAGGAGGCAGGGUUCUAGGCACUCUCAAACUGUGUACGUUCUCUGAUGGACAAACCCACUGGUAGGAAUAUGUUCAAAGAACUAAUCCAAAAGAAAACACGUAUGUAAAAAGUUGUUCACAGAAACACUAACAGUCUAACCAGCAAGAAUAUGGCCAACCAAUCCUGUCUGAAGAAGUGAUGUCUGAGAUCUAAAGGAAGUGAGGGGGUGACAAACAGUGGGAACAACAGGGGGAGCAGCAGGUGCACAGACCCAACGUGGGAAGCUAGGGUGGCCAGGGCCGAGUGAAUGAACAGGAGGGUGGGUAGUAGGGUAGCUGGUCACGUGGUGCCGAGGUGGUGAGGACCUGGUGCACCCCGGUGAGCACCUGGGCUUUUCUUCUGGAGGAGAGGAGAGCCACGGGAGGGCGCUGAGCGGGCUGGUAGCGGCGGCCUCGUCGGGGAAGAGCAGGGUGGGAAGAAGGUCCCGGAGCGCGACGGGAGGGCUGCUGGGGUGGAUCGGGUCGGUGGCCGAGGAGGUGGGUAGGACUCGGUGUACGUUUGGAAGGUGGAGCCUAGAGGCUUCGCCGACCGAGUGGAAGAGUUAGCAGGGGAGGGAGGUGCAGAACGGGACUCCCAGGGCUGCCUUCAGCUAAGAGACAGGCCGAAUUUCCUCUUGCCCUGAGGGUGGUCAGCAUUUUGCACCCCACUGCCCUGUUCUUGGGCAAACUACCCAGAUCCCGCCGCCCCCACCCCCCGUCCAGUGACAGGCACUGAGCUCUGGGCUCGCCGCUGCCCCUGUGAUGUGCAGUGAGGAAGGUUGGAGGGCAGGGCGGUUAGCCUGGGGCUCACGGCAGCCUCCCGAGCGCCUGGAAUGGUGCCAGGGACACCAAACUUGAGGAACGGAUGAAUGGAGGGUCAAGCGCAGGAGAGGCAGGGCCCACCCACAUCGGGAGGUGGGAGGGGUCCAGGCCGCCGAGUGAGCAGGCGGCGAGGGUGGGCGCGAGGCCAAGGCAGGGUGGUGGCUUGGGGGUCGGGGCUGUCCCCCGCGCCCGCCCCAGUCGACCGGCAGCCUCGCCUGGCCCUGCGGUCCGAUGAGGAGAGCGGAUACCCGCGGAAUCCGGUCCUGUUUGGUGCCAGCAUUUCCGUGUGCCUGGCUGUCUUUCUCUUUGGGGUCAUCGUGGCUUCGUGAGUCACCCCUGCCCUCUCCUGGGGUCCCCAAAUGCCCCACUGGGUCCUCAAAAAUGGCACUGCCCUGGGUAGGUCGCUGUGGCAUUUUGAGAAUAUCUCUGUCUCUGCCUCCUUCUGUCCCUUUUUUGUCUCUCUGUCCUCCUCUGUCAAUCUGUCUGUCUCUCUGUCCAUCUCUCCCAUGUCCCCACCCUCUCACCACCACCACCCCCUGGGCCACAUUAUGUCUUUCCUGAGUCCUCAGAGCGUUGGCCUCUUUGGGUCUCUUCUUCUAUUAAAAAAAAAAAAACACUAAAAAUUAUUUUUGGUGGAUGUGCUGGUAUGAAGACAGAUGUAAUCCAAGCUGGACUCAUUAUGAACACGGAGAGGGCAUCAGCAGGGGGCCCUAGCAAUGAGAAGAGGAGCUUCCCUGGACCUACGAGCACUGGCUGGGUCUUCUUUCCAUGGGGCUGCAAAGGGCUCCCCAGGGCUGCCUGACACCUUCACAGGGUGCUUGUGUGAGUUAAAGAAGCUAAUACAGACCACUGCCUGUGUCAAUAAGUGAUAGCUGUUAUUUCAUUUUGCCAAUGGCUCAUCCAGGUUUUACUCCUGUUCAUACAUCUUUAUAAACAUGAAAGACACAUAACUGCAAUCUUUGGUCUUUUAAUGUUCAUUCGAAAGCGUUUCCCCAUGACAUCAUGUGGUUAUCCUAAUUGACAGAUCUGGGCGUGGCAAUAUGUCACUUCUGCUCACGUUUUAUUGGAGAGAACUUAGUCACAGGGCCGUCACUGACUGCAAGGGAGGCUGGGAAUGUAGUCCAGCCCUGUACCGGACGUGGAGGAAAGGAUUUAGAGAAGAAUUGGACUGUCACGCAUUAUUUAAUGAGGGAAUAUAGGAAGAAAGGCUAGGUGAAGAAAGUGGAGGGGCACUGCUGGACAUCAUGGAGAGACUAAAAUCUACCAGAUAAAUAUGGCAUUAAAAUCCAAAUAGCCCUUUUAAAAAAAUUAGAUUCCUCAUAAUUCUUGUUUGAAAAGAAAAAAUCCAUUUGUUCUUAUUAAUUUUGUACCCAGCAAUUUUACAGAAUUAUCUUGUUAUUUAUCUUAGUGUUUCAGUUGAUUCUCUGAUCUCCAAGAUAUCAACCGUAUAUUCAAAAAAGGAUGAAAAUCCAUCCUUCUCUGUUCCAAUGAUGUAUUUUCUUUCUCUUGUCUAACUAUAUAUUGCUAGUUCUUCCAAAAGUGGUAAUGGUGGAUAUUUUGUUUUGUGUCUGACUUCAAUGAAGAUUAUUUCGGUGUUUUGCCAUUUUGGAUUUUUUAUUAUAUGUAUAUUAUUAAAAACAAGGAGAGGCCAGUAACUCCUUAAGAUUGUUGUCAUACUGUUCAAUAUGAGCCUAUUCUUGAUUAAGUCUGUAUAGAAAUAGAUGAUUGCUGAAUGUCCUCGAAACCGUUCCAUAUCCGUGGGUAUGACUGUACUAUUUUGAUAUCAAUAGGCAAAGUACAUAAUAGUCCAAUACCGAACGUUCCCUGAAUUCCUGGACAUACAUCUCCCAGUUCCCGUAAAGGAGUCCAUUUCCUUUACCACAUCGCCCUUUAAGAGGUGAUAGGAAAAACAGGAAUCCGAUGCCCAGGGAAACUGAGUCAUUAAGUGACAGAGGCUUGAUUCACAUUAGUCUGGAUGGGGCCAACUUGUAUGUGCCCGGAAGCCUUCAUUUAUAGCAGGAGACAUGUGGGUUAGAUGGGUUAAAUGGACUAUGACGUCUCCUCCUACGGAGGACGAAAAGACUGGCUAAAAUGGGAAUAUUUGCGGUUCCAGUACAGCUAGACAUUUUCCAAACACCACGUUUCUUGCAGCUAUAUUUUUAGAGCAUUCUUUCUCCCCAAGCCACGGCCUACGCCCAGACUUCAUUUCCCAGCAUUCCUCAGCCUCCAGAAGCCUUAGGCCGGACGGAGCAUGAACCUGCAAUGGUUUAUGGGAAAUGUAGUCCAGCUGAGAAGGUGCGUUUGAAAUAACAGGAUGUACAGACCCGAGCCAGCGACUGCGCAGGCGCAUUCUGCGGUCCGCGGGAUUGAGGGAAGGCCUGACCGCACUGAGCCACCUGCGGGGACGCACAGGUCUCGUCAGUGUCCCUUAACCUGGGAUGGGCCUUCAGUCUUUCUUUGACCUUCAUGACCUUGGCAAUUCUGAAGAUUAGGCCAUGGACCUGCAGGACGUCCCUCAGUUUGUGUGUGUCACAGCUUCCUCAUGAUUAAAUGUAGGUUAUGCGCUCUGGGGAGGGAUACCUCAGAAGGGACGCUGUAGCCUUAUCAGGUCAGAAGCCCUCGCUCUUGGUUCGCUCAUCACCGGUCACAUCAACCUUGACCACUUGGCUAAAGUGGUGUCCGCCAGGUCUCUCCACUCUAAAGUUGCCCUCUUCUUUUUGUAAUUGAUAAGGGACUUGUUCAGGGUGGGGGAGGGAGGGAAUAGUUACAACUAUUUAAGACUCUAUUUCCUCAUUUUCUUGUCUAAAUUUCACCCACUGGUUUCAGCACCUUCAGUUUCAGCGCAUGUUCCUACGUACCUGAGUGUACAUGCAGCUGUUAGCCGGGAACACACGUGAGGCUCUGAGUGGUUAUAUUUCUGGGCUCUGUUCAUUUCCCAUUGUGGCUAUCACAAAUUACCAUGACCUUGGUGGCUUCAAACAACACAAAUAUACUCUCUGACAGUUCUGGAGGUUAGACACUAAAUGGGUUUCACUGGGCUGAAAUCAAGGUGUCAGCAAAGCUGUGCUCCACUUGGAGGCACUAGGGGAGAAUUGUUCUUUUGCUCUUCCAGCUUCUGGAGGCACUUGCUGAGGUGUGGCCCCUUCCUCCAGCUUCAAAGCCAGAGCCUAGUGUCUUCUCUCUCUGACUCUGCACCUCUUCUGUGACCUGGCCCUUUCCUCUGUCAGGUAGCUCUCUCCCUCCCUCUUAUACAGGCACUUGUGAUUGCAUUUAGGGCUCACCCAGAUAAUCUAGGAUCAUCUUCCCAUCUAAAGUGGCUUAAUUUAAUCACAUCACAGGUUCACGCCAGGGAUAUCUUUUGAAACCUUAUUGAGCCCACCACGUGGCCUAUGUCUUGGUCUGUCUCCCCCACCUGGUGGGGAGCCCCUUGAAUGUGGAGCUGCACCUCACUCAUCUCUGUCCCCAGAACCCCGAAUGGAGCCUGCCACUCCCAUGGGGCUCAGAGCAUAUUUGAUGAAUGAAUGGGAGUGACCAUGGUCUGAACACCAACUUUUCCUUGGCAGGAAUUCUUAAACUGUAUUUCAGCAGGUGUCAAUCUUUCUUCAAACAACCUCUUAAGCUUAGGAGUGGAUCCUUGAGCAGGAUUUGUACAACAGAAAGAGCUCUGCAAAGUGUGGUCCAUCCACAGGGGAAUAGUAUUCAGCCACGAAAAAGGAAUGAAGCCCUGAUCUGUGCUGUAACAUGGAUGAGCUGUGAACACAUGGUGCUGAGUGAAAGAGGCCAGACACAAAAGCCCAUAUUGUAGGGUGUAUACGAAAUGUUCAGAACAGAGGUGCAUGACCAGGAUCCAGCAAUGGCCACCAGGAUCCUGAUGGCCAAGGACCAGGAAGCAGUGACCUUCAAGGACGUGGCCGUGGACUUCACCCUGGAGGAGUGGGGCCAGCUGGGGCUUGGCCAGAGGGAGUUGUAUCGGGAUGUGAUGCUGGAGAACUACCAGAACCUUCUCUCAGUGGGGGCAGGGCUUCCUGGAUUCAAGCCCGAUGUGAUCUCCCGCCUGGAAAGAGGUGAAGAACCCAGGAUGGAGGAGAGAGAAGCCCAGCAAGUUACCUGUCCUGACUUGCAGACAAGCUCUACAACUACUCUGGAGACACUUCCCAAAAAGAGCAUUUCUGAAGAGACAGCUUCCCCAAUGGGAACAAUGGGGGGAAUUUUAAGGGCAGUGCUUGGAAAUGUCAAACUGGGGGAAUCCUGGACAUGUGGCAAUCAGUUGGAGGACCUGGGAAAGCAGAAGAGGCAUUUGAGGUGUUUGUUUGCCGCUCCCUGGGAAAUUAUGUGUGGGGAGAGAGGCCCCGGCUGUAAUGAGCUUGGCAGAAGCCUCAGGCAGACAUCAGCCUUCAUCGGGAAGCAAAGGGUGCCUGGGGGAGAGAGUCCUCGGAAGUGGACUGGGCCACCAGAGAGUCUGAGACGCCAAAGAACCUGUGCAGAAAAGAAGCCAUUUAACUGCACAGAAUGUGGAAAAGCCUUCGCUUACCAUUCAGACUAUAUUCUGCACCAGAGAAUGCACACUGGAGAGAAACCCUACAAGUGUAAUGAUUGCGGGAAGGCGUUCAGCAAUAGCUCCUACUUCAUUCAGCACCACAUCAUUCACACGGGCGAGAAGCCCUACACAUGCAACGAAUGUGGCAAGACCUUUACUCAGAGCUCAUCACUUACUGAGCACCAGAGGAUCCACACCGGGGAGAAACCAUACAAGUGCAAGGAGUGUGGGAAGGCCUUCACCCAGAGCUCCUCACUCAUUAAACACCAACGAUGCCAUACUGGGGAGAAGCCCUAUAAAUGCAAACAGUGUGGGAAGUUCUACUCGCAGGUGUCCCACCUUACCCGCCACCAGAAAAUUCACACAGGGGAGAAGCCCUACAAAUGUGGUGAGUGUGGCAAGGCUUUCUGUCACACGUCCUCCCUGACUCAGCACCAGACGAUCCACACCGGAGAGAAGCCCUACAAAUGUAAUGAAUGUGGGAAGACCUUCAGCCACAGCUCGUCACUGACUCAGCAUCAGCGAGUUCACACGAGAGAAAAGCCCUAUGAGUGUCCUGUUUGUGGCAAGUCCUUCAGCCAUAGCUCGUCCCUGACUCAGCAUCAGAGGAUUCACACCGGCGAGAAGCCCUACCAGUGUAACCAGUGUGGGAAGACAUAUACGCAGAUCUCCCACCUCAUGAGGCACCAGAGCAUUCACAUGGGGGAGAAGCCCUAUGUGUGCAAUGAGUGUGGGAAGGCUUUCAGUCACACCUCAUCAUUCACACAACACCAGACCAUUCAUACUGGUGAGAAGCCCUACAAAUGCAGUGAAUGUGGGAAGACCUUCAGCCAGAACUCUUCACUUACACGCCACCAAAGGAUUCACACCGGGGAGAAGCCCUAUGAGUGUAAAGUCUGUGGAAAGGCCUACACUCAGAUUUCCCACCUUACCCAACACCAGAGGAUUCACACAGGAGAGAAACCUUAUGACUGCAGGGAGUGUGGAAAAGCCUUCAGCCGGAGCACCCACCUUAGCGAGCAUCAGAAAAUCCAUGGUGAGAAACCCUAUAAGUGUAAGGAAUGUGGGAAAAUGUUCAGUCACAGCUCCUCCCUCACGCAACAUCAGAGAAUUCACACUGGUGAGAAACCCUACACCUGUAAGGAGUGUGGGAAAGCCUUCAACCAAAUCAUCCACCUCGUUCAGCAUCAGAGAAUUCAUACCAGAGAGAAGCCCUACAAAUGUAGCAACUGUGGGAAGACCUCCACCCAGAUUCCACAUCUUAUACAACACCAGAAAUUUCACAUGAGUGGCAAACACUAUGUGUGUAAAGAAUGUGGACAAGAUUUCAGCUGGAAUUCACACCUGAUGGAACAUCAGAGACUUCACACUGCACACAGUGUCUUUGUCUGCACUGGUUUUGGGAAAGCCUUUGCUUGGGGGGCACAGCUUCCAGAUUAUCAGAGAGUUCAUGCUGACUGAAAAGCCUGAGAAUGUAACACACUGAUGAUUCUGCUUUGGGUUCCAUUCAGCCUUCUUCAGCACUAAUAACUUCCUCCCAGAGAGGAACCUUAACACCAUAUGGUGAGAGAGUUGGUUUCUUUAUUUGCUGGAAAGAGGAUAGCACAGUUUAUUACCAGCUGGGACAACUUCUGAUCAUUUUAGAAGCUUCCCCAUAAAAUCUCAGCUUCCCAGCCCCCAUUUCUUCAACCUUACGGUAUCCCCCAGGGGACAGCCUAAAUGGGGUGCAACUUCCUUCGGAUCUUUAAUAAGCCAUCUCUGAGCUUUUUUAAUGUAUUGAUCAUUCAUUAAAUUGGAGCCUGGAAAUUCAAGGAAAAAACACAGCUGGAAAGAUUAACCCCUUAAAAUAAUAGUCUCAAACAUAUGUAGCUGAACAUAAUGCUAGAUGAAGUGAAUUUCCUUUAAAAUUUUAAGUUACAAAUUUCACCGCAACAUCUGCAGCUGGCAUAAACACUGAAUGUGUUUCACAUAUUUACGCCCAUUUUUUACAUCUUGUUUCUGUCUUUUUCACAUCCAGGAUUUAUGCUUUACAAAGCAAUUGCCCUAUUAAGCAUCACUUUCUGAUUUUAUUCAUGCCCAAAGGCAGGUUUUUCUUUCCUCAUUUUUUGAAACAUAGUAUCUAUUUUUUUAUUUAUAAAAAUAAUAUACAUAUUUUAUAACAAGAAAAAAUUUUAAUUAAAAUUACAUAUACUCACUGUAAAGGAUAAUUUGGAAAAUAUAGAGGAGUAUGAACUAAAAUACCAAUUCCCCAUAAUCCCACAGCCCAGAGAAACCCACUAGUCAGUUUUGGGUGAAUUUCUUUCUGGCUUUGUUUUCUCCCAUGUUCCAUAACCAUGUUUUUAAGUGUUGGAAAAUUUGGAUAAAAAAACAAAAGCCAUGUGCUUAUCUACAACUUGGCCACUCUCAAAAGUCACAGUGUUUUGAUUUUUUUCAUAUUUCCUUCCAAAUAUCAUUUUUAUUUAUUAACAUUUUAUUAUUUCACAGAACUGGCCAAACUAAUUUCCUUACACAUUAUUUCCAUUCAUUUUUAUAUAAUAAUAUGUCAGAGAAUCUAUUCUGAUUUAAAGUUAAAUUACCACACACUCUCCUGGGAUAUUUAUUUUAUCUGGUAAAAAUCUUUCAGUGCUUAAAAUGGGGGGAGGUUGCAUUGGAUAGCAUCUUAUCACCAAAGAAACACACUUCAACUAUAAAUGAAAUAUGUGUCCUUUCAUUCAAAUGCCUGAAUCCUUUUUUUAAAAUUGGAAUGAAGUUGAUAUACAAUAUUAUACUGGCUUCAGAUGUACAACAUGGUGACUUGAUAAUAUUACUAAAAUGCUUGCCACGGUAAAUGAAGCCAUAUGUCAUUUUUAAAUAAAUGUUAUUUUUUAAAAUUGUGA